AUGACUACCCAGUCAGUGGUGGAUUACUCCACAGGUCAUGCUGGCCUCAACACUCCUCGUGAUGUUCGUUUUGUCCAGAUCAUCUAUUCGUCCAUGUUGGCCUUCGCUGGGAUGGUCCUCCUCGUGCGGCUGGCUCAAAUCGGGCAUACCUAUCUUCGCUACACCGUCUGUUCCAGUAUAUCUGAAAAGCAACAAUCCGUCUGGAGCAUCACCGAAUCAUCACUCUGGGUUCGAAUCAAAAGCCGUCUUGUCUACGCGCCAUUGUUCAGCAAGCGCCACAACCGAGAGAUCCAGCUCUCGUCGGCCAUCAAUAUGGGCACUCUCCCUUCUCGAUUUCAGUCACUUCUUAUCUUUGGAUAUAUUUUUAGCCAGAUUGUCUACUGCUGUGACCUCAAUUAUCAGAAUGAAACGCCCGCCAUCAUUGCAGAACUUCGGGGACGUUCCGGUACAUUGGCCACGGUGAACAUAAUCCCUCUUGUGCUCUUUGCAACCCGCAACAACCCCUUGAUCCCUCUCCUCCGGAUCAGUUUCGACUCAUAUAAUCUUUUCCACCGAUGGCUAGGCCGCAUCGCUGCCGUCGAGAGCAUAAUUCACAUGGCUGCUUGGGCUGUCAACACUGUCCGCGAGGGGAACACGGCAGCACUUUCUCAGGACCUUGCUGAAACGCCCUCCUACGCCUGGGGAAUGCUUGCAACUGCGAUCAUGGCCUUUUUUAUUAUUCACUCACUCUCGCCUGUACGGCACGCAUUCUACGAAACCUUUCUCGGCAUCCAUCAGGUUGGCGCCUUCUUCAUCAGCUUGGGCAUAUACCUGCACCUCGACAUGCACAGCCUGCCGCAAAAGCCAUGGAUCCAAUGGGUCAUUCUCAUCUGGAGUGCAGAACGAUGCACCCGUCUCCUCUGGCUUGUUUUUCUGAAUGUCUCUCGCCGGCACGGCAUGACCAAGCUACGAGUAGAAGCACUUCCCGGCGAAGCCUGCCGUCUAACAUUCUUUCUCCCCAAACGCUACCCCGUCCCACCGGGCAGCCACUUCUACGCCUACAUCCCUCAAAUCUCCUGGUGGAUGUCGCACCCCUUCUCCGCCGCCUGGUCAGAAACCACAGCCAGCGCCCCCAACCGAAAGAGCAUACAAUCGUGGACAAACGACACCAAAGCCCUCACCCUCGAAAGUCAAUCCUCUCCACUCCGCCACACAGCAGUGACACUAGUCGUCGCAGCACGGCAGGGCAUGACACGCGCGCUGUACGAUCGCGCGAUGGCCUCCCCGGACGACACAUUCACGGCAACCGGCUUCCUCGAGGGCCCGUACUCCUCCCACGCGGUCAGCAUGGCCAGCUACGGCACAGCGGUCCUAUUCUCCGGCGGCGUCGGCAUAACGCACCACCUCCUCUUCAUCCGGGAUCUGCUUCUCCGCGCAGCAGACGGCCGGGCCGCCACGCGGUCCAUCACGCUGGUCUGGGCCGUACGCGGCAUGGACAGCGUGCGCUGGGUAAUGGAGUAUAUCCAGGAAAUCCUGCAGAUGCCGAACGCGGAGUCAAUCCUGACGAUCAUGCUGUUUGUGUCGAAGCCAAAGAGUCCCGGCGAGAUGCGCUCGCCGGGGAGUGUCAUCCGGACGUUUGCGGGGCGGUGUAAUCCGGCUACGGUGCUGGAGGAGAUUAUCCCGAGGAGGAUUGGGGCGACGGUGGUGUCGGUUUGUGGGCCUGGAGCGUUGGGGGAUGAUGUGAGGGAGGCGGCUCGACGGCAGGUGGAUCGGGGGAUUGCGGUGGAUUUUGUGGAGGAGGCGUUUACUUGGUGA